UGAUUAUGACAGUAUGUUGACUUUUGACUUGACAGAUAUUUGUGAUAACGACGUAGCGACGCUAGAAGUGAAUAGAUAAAUCUAGUGUUUUUAUUUAAUUGUUAGUGUGUUUUGAAAUAUAUCUGUAAUAAAAACAACUAUUUUGUAUGACACUUAAUUUCACACCAUGGAGUUACUUUAUUCUAUGAGGCGGAAGCCUUUAAAAUGCGAACCACCUCAUUUCGAAAACGCGUUAGACACAGAAGUGGUACGUCCAAUAGUGACCAUUUCAGUGUGCAAUAUAAUAGCGUUUUCAUCACCCACUGAAUUGUCUGACGCUGAUGGAGACACAUGGGGUGGUCACGUAUACGUCUGCGACUUAGAUACACCGUGGGACAGCCACAAAGUCACCAGUACAGUGCACCCUGUGUCAGCAUUGGAAUGGGACAACGAAGGCAAGCAGCUGCUGGUGGGGACUACAGCAGGCGACGUUUCCGUGUAUGGCCAGAAGGAGUACUUGCUGAAUGAUUGGACGUGUCUGUAUUCAGCUAGCUUUCCUGGAGAACACAUAAUACGUGCAAUAUUCUUCCACAACGGCAGAAGAGUUGUUGCUGUUGACAAGAAACCUGACGCUCUGAUCACUGAGAAGUUUCAACUCCUGCGGUCUGCACCCACACUGAAAGGAUUCGGGGGUAGUCGUUCCGGGGGUGCGUUAGUAGUGUCGUCGAGCGGCCUUGUCGGGGCGAUAUGGGGCGGGGACUCCUCUCGGGCGCUCCACGCGGCGGAGCCCCUCCCACCGGCGAGAUUGAGAGUCACUACAGCUGCGUUGGCGCAUAAGAGCGGCGGUAUAGUAGUGGCGGCAGGCUGCGGCGGCAGUAUUAACGGCAGUAACGGCGGCAGAUGGUGCGUCAGAUGCGCUGUUGCCAAACCGCGCGCCCCGCCACAUCUAGCGCUGCAGCCGUUGCCAGCUCUAUAUCUGCCAACUGCCGGAGAUCAUCCGGUGACAAUCAGCUGGUGUCUCCGCGAAGACAUUGACUGCUUGCUGGUGGCGGGGACUACUCUAACUCUGUGGAAGCUGACCGAAGGGGCGCAUCCUGUACACAAGCUACUGUCUAAAGGUCCAUUGCAAGGCAGCACCACGCCCAACGGUGGGCCAAAAACUGGCUCAGAUUGUUUCAACACGGUGGUAUGGCAACCCAGCGCCCCGUGGGCCAUAGAAGAAGGCGAGCGUGCGGUCAAAGUGUCAGGCCAUAAACUCCCACUCGCGCCACCAUACGUUCUCCUGGCAACACCGCGCACCUUACAUCUGUUAUCUAGGGACAAACAUCAUGUGAUAUGUUCGCGGGCUGUGCCGUUAAACGCUAGCUUUUCGGAAAUUCCUACGGGGGCGGGAACUCCUCCGAAGAAGCCUAAAUAUGGACCUGGCGCUUUACCGUCAAACACCGAGUAUUGCGCUACAGUAUGCGGCAUAGACACGUCAGAAUUAGGAGGAGUAGUGGCUGCCAUAGACACGCACGCGAGACUGCACGUGUACACUAUGCCUGCCUGCAACGAUAUGCCAAGUUCCAUGGCAAUACAACACACUUGCAACUUACUUGAAUACUCCAUGGUGUCUGGAAUUGACUGUCUGGAUGUACUGAUGACCAUUAAGAGUGGUCUAGUCGAACCUAUAUACGAAUUGUUCACAGAAUCGUUUUUGAGACAACCGCCUGCAUUCCAACAGUACUAUUAUCAUAACUGGCUCAAAAUCAGGAUAGCUCUCUGCAGAUUAACAUCGCCGUUAUCUACAAGUGCUUCAUGGCUUUCUGUAGUACAAAUGUGUCAUUACGCAUGGAGUGCCGCUUUACCUGCUUUACGACCUGAUGAUCGACCUGAACAUAAUCUGAUACUAAGUUUAGAUGAUGGAGAUACUGAUAAGACGCUGUUAGCACUAGAAGCUAAACCCGAGUGCCUGGGCGAUGUGUCUUCGCUUCAACCGCUUAGAAGACAACUACAAAGAGCGCUAGAUGUAGCCGUUACAGCGCUAUUAUCGCUGCAGCAUAGCACGCAUCAAUCUCAUGGCUACGAGUUAUGGAGUGACCCUACCGCGGUGAUAGUUCUGCGCAAACUCGUGGUACUGGCCCGAGCCAGUGGUAGCGGAGGGGAUGCCCUGAGUCGCCCGUUGGCCAGACUGCACGGUUCCAGUUCUAAACAUGAGCUGCAAGAAGAAUGCGCGUCUCUCUGGGGUCAGAGUGUGAAUGGGGCUCGUUCGUGGGAAGGGGCUCCGAGGUGCAGCAUCACGGCCCCACACAACAGGCCGCACCCGCUAUAUUUGGAAUACGGCGUAGAGCCGGAGAAUCUCAAGUUCAUGCCCGAAGCGCCUUCAUACCUGCAGGCCGAUGUGCCGCCGCCCAGACAGAUGGACACUAUACGAUACAUGUACUUAGGAGGGGGUGGGUUACCGGCUAAAUGUAAACAGUGCGGUCGAUGCGGUGCUCUGGCCGCCCAUCAUUCUACACACCACCAUCGACACGCUUUAUUGGUCGCUGCCGACGCCAGACUGAUGCAUCGGUGCAGAUGCGGAGGAAAAUGGACGCUUGUAUCGAAUGUUUAAUUUAAAUAAUACCAUUAUUAUUUGUUAAUGUAUAAAUGAAUGUAUUAAAUCUAAAGAAAUUUGUACUUGAAAAAAACGCGGGCCA